GGAAACAAUCCAAGAAAUGCCAAGGUGGUAAUUGUUUUUUUAUUUUAUUUUUUCCUUCAGUAAUUGUAGCAUAGAAUAGUGGAAGGAAUGAAGAAAGAGAGAAUUCAAGGAGAGGUUAAAGUAAGAUGCGAAAGAAAAGUUGAAGAAUCUAAACAUUGUCUUGAGUAAUCAAGAAGGCAAGCGUUCUAUAAGAGGUGGAUGAAUUGGAGUUCUCUCAGUCCAGAAUUCUAAAAGAUGGAAAAGUUUUCGUUGAUUCGGUAGGAAGUUUACAAGAGUGUAGCAAUGGCUGACGCUGCAAUGCUCCCGUCGGCGUCGGUGCGGGUGCCAAGCAGAAAGUUGCCUAAGGGGCGGCACCUGGUUGGUAAACGGGUCGCGUAUGAUGUCGAUGUGCGGUUGCCCGGGGAGCUGCAGCCGCAGCUUGAGGCCAUGCCGUUCAUGAUGUAUGAGUCGGAUCCUGGAUUAGUUCUUGGACGGAAGAUUGCGGUGAACCGGACUUAUAUUUGCUACGGACUGAAGACGGGUGAGAUUAUGGUGCGGAAUAUAAACAAUGCACUGAGAUCUUUCCUUAAAGGUCAUACCCAGAGGGUCAUUGACAUGGCUUUCUUCGGUGAGGAUGUUCACCUUUUGGCCAGUUCGAGCAUAGAUGGAAGGAUCAUUGUGUGGAAGAUUAAUGAAGGCCCUGAUGAGAAUGAUAAGCCACAGAUAACUGGAAAAGUCGUUGUCGCGAUUCAUAUGGUGGGAGAUUUGGAAUCAUUUCAUCCACCCGUAUGUUGGCACUCUCACUAUCAAGAAAUUUUGGUUGUUGCGAUUGGAAAUCGUGUUCUGAAGAUUGAUACAACAAAAGUGGAGAAUGGUGGAGCAUUCUCGGCAGAGCAACCUAUCACAUGUCCUGUUGAGAAGCUGAUCAAUGGAGUCCAACUCGUUGGUAAACAUAAGGGGGAUGUGACUGACUUAUCGAUAUGUCAUUGGAUAACUUCUCGCCUAGUAUCUGCAUCAACAGAUGGCUUGGUAAAGAUCUGGGAGGACUGGAUGGCAGUGCCCCUUGGGACGCUGAGGCCACAUGUUGGCCAACCUGUUAACUCAGUUAAUUUCCUGACAGCACCUCAUUGCCCUAACCACAUUGUUCUUAUAACUGCGGGUCAUCUGAAUCGAGAAGUGAAGAUGUGGGCCUCAGCAGGCAUCGAAGGGUGGCUUAUUCCUAGAGAUUUUAAAUCAUGGCGCUGCAUUCAGACCUUGGACUUGAAGAGUUCCGCCGAAUCUCAAGCUGAAGAGGCUUUUUUCAACCAAGUAGUGGUGUUGCCAGACACAGGCCUCGUUUUACUUGCAAAUGCCAAGAAAAAUGCUAUAUAUGUGGUGCAUGUAGAAUAUGGGCCACAUCCGACAGCAACACGCAUGGAUUAUAUUGCCGAGUUUACUGUCACAAUGCCUAUAUUGAGUCUAACAGGAAGAAGUGACUGUUCAUCAGAUGGGGAACAUGUUGUUGAGGUUUACUGCGUUCAGACACAGGCUAUCCAACAAUAUACCUUGGAUUUAUCUCAGUGCCUGCCACCACCACUGAAGAAUGCUGAAAUUGAUAGGGUUUCUGGUAGUGGUUUUUCUGCAUUAGACCCAUCUUGCAGAAAUGUCUCAACUGAGAUGCCUGUUGGAAGUGCUACAUCAAAGACACCUCAGAGUUCAGCUGCAGCUAAAUAUUCUGUAUUUUCAGAGACUCAAGAGCUUCCUAGACUUGAAUUGGCUACUUCAAGUGUUGAACCUAGCCCAAUUGGUGAUCGUUGUGUUGAUACACUAGUUAUUGAUUAUUCAGUUGAUAGGAGAGUGGAAGUAGGUCAUAUGAAGUUGACUGAUGAUUCUUCCUUAGAUGAAACUAAAGUUGGGAAAAAUGAUAUUUAUAUGGUGCCAAAUCCUCCAACCUCUUUCAAAGUGGGAGAAAUCUUUUCGAAGGCCGUUCCUUCUUCUGAGAGUACUCUUGUUGGCCAGGGCUCGAAAGUGGGAGAAAAGAAGGUUCAAGAUGUUGCUGUAAACAAUGAGGUUAGAGAGGUGGGUCAGUAUGGAUUGAAUCAGCUGCAGGAGUUAGAUUCUCAAAGAGAAGAGCGUAGUCUUCGCACGGAGGAAAAAGAAAAAUCCUUCUAUACCCAAGUCUUGGAUCUUCUCAGUGAGACGUCCAGCGAUGGCGGUUCAUUGUCUAAAGAAAUUUCAGGCAUGGAGGAAACUCAUCGGAUCGAAGAUGUUGGAGAUGGUGAGUUACUUGAGUGGCCUUGGAAUGCUGGUGAGCAAGGCGUUCAGGACUCGAGUAAGGAUGUACCUAAUACCGAAUCGAGUAUGGCAAUUGUAGCUACUGAGUUGCCUUCAUCAUUUACGAGGAAAAAGAAAGUGAAACAACCCUCUCAAGUGACGGGUCCAUCUUCCCCUUCCGUUAACCCUUUCAAGUCUGCAGAUUCUUCAAAUGAACCAGGUAGCAGCAGUGGCGGCCCUUCCAUAGAGGCCAUUUUUACACAAAUUCUAGCACUUCAGGAGAGUAUGAAAGAGCUUAUGACCAUUCAAAAGGAAAUGCAAGAGCAAAUGACAGCUCUGGUGACUGUUCCUGUUAACAAAGAAGGUAGCAGAGUUGAGGCAGCCCUCAGCCUGAGCAUGGAGAAAUCCCUCAAGUCGAACUGUGAUGCUCUGUGGAACCGCAUCCAAGAGGAGAACAAGAAACAGAAGUUAGAACGGGAUCGCAUAAAGCAGAUAACAGGUUCAAUCUCGGGCUCUAUGAACACGAAGUGGCCAGCCAUGUUCAAGAAGACAUUGAAGCAAGAAAUUGCUGCAAUAGGACCAGCAGGUUCUCGCGCAAUUACACCGAUUUUGGAGAAGACUGUUUCUUCAGCUAUUGCUGAUUCGUUUCAGAGAGGGGUUGGAAACAACGCAGUGAAUCAGUUGGAGAAAUCCAUCAACUCGAACCUUGAAGCGACAGUGACCAGGCAAAUUCAAGCACAAUUCCAAACAUCUGGGAAGCAAGUUUUUCAGGAUGCAAUCAGGGCUAGCUUGGCAUCUUCUGUUAUUCCUGCAUUUGAGCAGGCAUGCAAAAUAAUGUUUGAGCAAGUUGAUGCUGCAUUUCAGAAGACGAUGGUUGAACAGACUAGUGCUGCACAACAGCAGUUUGAAUCCACAAAUUCUCCAUUAGCACUUGCUUUGAGGGAUGCAAUGAACUCUGCAUCAUCCAUCGCCCAAACCUUAAGUGGUGAACUUGCUGUUAGCCAGCGUAAGCUCUUAGCUUUUGUUGCAGCUGGAGCAAAUGAGAAAGCGAUGAAUCCCCUGGCUACACAACAAAGUGAUGGACCUUUGGGUGGGCUACACGACAUUGUUGAGGCACCUUUGGAUCCAAAGAAGGAGCUGGAAAGAUUAAUAUCUGAACACAAGUAUGGGGAAGCAUUCACUUCAGCCCUUCAAAGAAGUGAUGUCACCAUUGUGUCCUGGUUAUGUUCUCAGGUUGAUUUGCAAGCAAUUCUAUCAGUUCUUCCUCUUCCUCUGAGUCAAGGAGUCCUGCUAUCCCUUCUCCAACAGCUAGCAUGCGAUAUUGGAAACAAGACCUCCCAGAAGCUAGAUUGGAUGGGAGAUGUUGUUGUUGCUAUAGAUCCGGUGGACCCAACAAUUGCGGCGCAUGGGCGGCCGAUAUUUGAACAGGUUCAUCAGAUAUUGGACCACCAGCGGGUGCUCCCGACCACCACCACAGCUGAAAGAAGCUGCAUCCGCCUCAUAAUGCGUGCAAUCAAUUCAGUAUUGAAGACCUGCAAAUGACAUUUCUCUUUCUCAUUUGUGCACAAACUGUUCAGGCCUUUUGGUUGUUGUAGGAAUGCUGUACAGAAAGCAAGGAAGAGGCUGUGUGUGUGUGUAAAGAAUAGGAGAGUUUGAGAAAA